CCUCCUCUUCUCCAUCUCAAAAUCCCCAAAUGCCAAAUCCAUAAAAAAGGAAAAUCCCUAAUUUCACAGCUCUCUCUCUAACAACCACCGUGGCUUCCUCCGCCCAACAACCCCUCUUGCGAAGAAAACCCGCUUCUUCUUCUUCUUCCUCAUCGUCGUCACCUAAAUCACAGCCGACUGCAACUAGAAUCGUGUACAGAGAAUCAUUGAUUCCUUUCUGGCAACAAAACUGGUUUAUUGCUUUACUCUUUGUCAUGGCUCUUGCUUUCCUCGGUCUCUCUAUCUUUCUCUUCCUCAAUCUUGAUCUUGAUGGCGCUUCCUUCUCCCCUGCCUCUGCUUCCUCCUCCUCCGCCUCUGAUUCCGCCCUCGAGAUUACUUAUGGGAGUGUUAUUAAGCUGAUGCAUGAAAGGACGAAAUAUAGGCUGCAUUCACAUGAUGUGCCUUAUGGGUCUGGAAGUGGGCAGCAAUCUGUUACUGGGUUUCCUAAUGUUGAUGAUGCUAAUAGCUAUUGGAUUGUUAGGCCUCAGCCAGGGACAAAUGCUAAACAAGGUGACACCAUUAAGAGUGGGACAAUUAUCCGUCUGCAACACAUGAAGACUCGAAAGUGGCUGCACAGUCAUUUGCAUGCAUCCCCAAUCUCUGGCAACUUAGAGAUUAGUUGCUUUGGGGGAGAGAAUGAAUCUGAUACUGGAGAUUACUGGAGGCUUAUGAUUGAAGGGAGUGGAAAGACAUGGAAGCAAGAUCAAAGGAUUCGGCUUCAGCAUGUUGACACCCAGGGCUACUUGCAUAGUCAUGACAAGAAAUACCAACGAAUUGCUGGGGGGCAGCAGGAGGUAUGUGGUGUCCGAGAAAAACGUGCUGACAAUGUUUGGCUGGCAGCAGAAGGCGUAUACCUCCCUAUUACCGCAAGCAAGUAAACAUACUCUUGGACGGUACAGUGUCAAAACAGGAACCUGGGUUUUGAAAUCAGUGGUGGCUGGUGCCUGUUUUUGGAUUAGCUGUGGGUGUACUAUUUAUUAGGUCAGAAUAUAUGUUACAGAACACGAUUCCAACAAUCUGAUUAAAUAUGCAUUGAAUGAGACCUUUUGUAUCUGAAGAAAUAUGUGCUAAGUUAGCUAUUAAUAUAUACGAAGCAAUUUAAUCGCC